AUGGCUAAUCAGGUUGGGGAUAAGGCUCUCAAUGGAGAAUGGGAGGAGAUCGGCGCGCGUGAUUUUCACAUAAAAGAGGACAUGACUAUGACAUUUGAGGGUAGAUCAUGUAAUAUUGCAGAUGGUGAAGGGAAGUUAGUCGAAAAAUUAGGCGCGGGCGAUGGACAAGUCACAAGAAAGGUCCUUUCUGGAUAUCGAUGUUACAUAAUGAAGGCGUCAGUUAAGUUCGAGAAGGGGUAG